GCGAGGCGUUUUGUCGGGACUUUCAGGUAGCCAGCAUCGAGAAAGACCCAUAAAAAUCCCCAUGGGUGGCCGACGAGCCCCAAAUUUCGUCUUUCCCGACUCGACAACUCGGGACUUCUCGUACUCGGGUACCGAUUCCAAGAUCCCAGAUGGCAAAGGCGGCCGGCAUUUUGGUAGUGCUAGGCAGUCGACGCCAGAAAUUUGAAGAAGUUGGAAUUCCAGAGCAGCUACGCGAAAAUGAGUACUGAAUUUUUAACGGGUUUUAUCGAAUUAUACAGGCGGAGAACUUGCCUGUGGAAGGUGAAGAGCCCGGAAUAUUCCAACAGGCGCCUUAAAAAUAACGCCUAUGAGGAACUUGUGAAAUAUUGCAACCGAAAAUUGGUGAAUGAGGUGGUGGAUGUAAAGUGGGUAAAACGAAAAAUUAAGACACUGCGGAAUGCAUUUAGGAAGGAGUACAGAAAAGUAGAGGAUUCCAAACAGUCAGGUCAAGAUGCAAUUUACGAAUCAAAUUUAUGGUACUUUGAUCUGCUGCUCUUUACAAAAAAUCAGGAAGAACCCAUAGAAGGAACUGACACAAUGAACGAAGAACCCAUAGAAGGAAUUGACACAAUAAACGAAGAACAGAGUAUACAGCCUCAACAGAUUGAUGAAAUCGCUUCGCUAACACAGGAUUCAAGUGAAACGAACGAAGAAAAUGAACAAGAAACAACAAAUACAGAAAGACAGACAGAAAAUGGCUUUGUUCCGAAAAAACGAAGAAUAGAUCCAGCGUUCGAGGUAGAAGCUGCUCAAAAACGGUUGACCGAGAGUUUUAAAACAUUAAACGACAUCAUGCUGACUAAACAAGAUGAUUUAGAAAAUGAAUGCGUUCUAUACACUAAACUCUUAGCUACAAAAUUAAGAAGAUAUCCUGUGAAACAGAGGCAAAGAAUUAUGUAUCAAAUAGAUGGCCUCCUUCUAGAUAAUCCUCCUGAAUCUUGCACAUCCAUUGCUUCUUUCCUGCCUUCAUCCCAAAAUUACCCUGUCUACCCAAACCCACCUUCUCCUACCUAUUCCAAUUCAAGGCAUUGCCAGCCCUCUCCUGACUAUUCACACGAUUCCAAACCUUCUCGUCAUCAAUAAGAGCUUAUGCAUCAAUAAGAGAGAAAGCUGGGGGGCAGCUUUCUCCACCUCAUACACCCAUCAUAAAGCCACCU